AUGCGACCGCGCCACGAUGUCGUCGCCACUCUCGGCGCCAACCCCGCGCCGUCGCUCGAGGCGCCCCUGGCGUCGCUUCUUGAGCUCCUCCCGGCAUCGUCCGUCUUCAUGGACCAGUGGUCGUCGAUCGUCCUCGAGAAAGUGGUGCCGCUUUCGAUCCCGGCGAUUCACGUCCGUGACCGCGACGAACUUGAAGACGCGCUCUCGGGCCGCUUUGCCGACCUCGGUGCAUUCGCGGCAGCGUGGCCCACCAAGAUCACGGUGCUGUAUGGGUGCAUCGACGCAGCCGAGGAGGUCCAGACGCUUACGCGCAACUGCAAGCACCUCGACGACGGGCGUAUUCACGUGAACUCCUUUGCGGCCUUGCUUCCGUCGCUUCCACCAAGCAUCUGCCGCGUGUGGUUUGAUGACGAUCGCUUUAAAGACGACCUGAAUGAUGAAGAUAACCCGCCUGAUGACUCGGACGACGAAGGCAACCACGUCGGAAUUGGCUGCAUCUUGGCGCGCGACGCUGCCACUGCUCUCGCCAGCGUGCUUGUGACAGCUCCGUCCCUUACGACCCUCAGCAUUGAGCGGUCGUUCGAGCUCGUAGAGGCGCUGCCGAAAGUGGCGAGUUUUGCGAUCGAGCAAGCCUCGACAGAAGAUGCCAAGCAAUUUCUGGCGCAUCUCGACCUCGCCAACCCACGUGUCUCAAGGUUGAAGUCGUGCACGACCUCAGCUGGGCUUUGCCCCUGCUGCCAAUGA